AUGGAUGGCCUUCCGCAGAGGCCUGAGGCUGAUGCCAGCCUGCCGUCUCCGCAGAGGCUCGAUGAAGAGCGAGUCCUGAGCAAGAAGCCCAAGCACGCCCGGCGUUCACUCGCUCCUUCAGCAGCCGCCAGCAGCAGCAGCAGCAGCACCAUGGUUCACCCAAGUGCUGCUGACAGGAAGAGAAAACAAGCGGCUAUCUCAGCUUCAAGCGAAGACGGAGCUGCCAAGAGGGUCAGAAUUGCUGCUACUGAUCGAGACCUUGUUGUCACUGGCACUGCCCAGCCGUCUCGCUACGAUAUGUCGCAGCACGUCCUAGCAGAGGUGUGGCAGCACAUCUUUUCCUUUGUGCCUCCACGCUCACUUGGGAAUUUGAUGUGUGUCAACCGGCUGUUUCACAGAUAUCUCGAUCCUGCUUCCACCUUCAAGGUUUCUGCCCCAGACUCGGAUCUGCCUUCUUCGUUGCCCAAGCAAUCACCAAACACCAUAUGGCGAGCGUCGAGACGUUUUCACUGGCCAAGCAUGCCCUCGCCGCUCAGUGGAAGAUCCGAACUGGACAUGUGGCGUCUUGCCUGUUCGCGGUCUUGCCAAUUCUGCGGCUGCCGGGCGGAUGAAACCGACUACGCCGGAGAUCCCCUGCGAUGGAGCCGCGGACCCGGUAACGAUACCGUGUCGCCUGUCUUCCAGUUCUUCGUCGCCUCAUGCGGACAGUGCUUGGCAAAGAACAGCAUCAAGGAAGUCGAUCUGCUAUUGUCACCGUCGAAACCUUCUUUCAUCGCAGCCGGCGCCCCAACGGUCUUCGUGACGGCUGACUUGAAUGUCGUCACUCGUCAAAUCAUGCGAAAUUCACCAAUACCGACUGGUGUUCAGCUGACGAAAGUGUUCUGGCCUGCUCAGCUGGAGAGCCUUCAAGCAGAACUUGGAGACGCCAAGCGAUUUGGUACCGCAGCUGUUGAAGAAUGGGUCAAAGGCCUAGACAGUCGCGGUGCCAAAGCCAAUCGUGACGCUUCUCGAUGGGAUAAUUGGUACCUAUCAGGAGGAGUCCGUCAAAUGCGUAAACAAUCCUCCUCUACUCAAAUCAUACCCUCCUCCGAUGAUCGACAGCGAGACAAGGCAGAACGAGGAGGAAAAAUAGCUGCACCGAAGAAGCAGGCCACUCACAAGUAUCCAACUCGAAGCAAAGCAGCAGGCAUCCAGGCCGCUCAAUCUCAAGGUCAGGAUCAUACUGACUCCACCACACGAGCUGAUUUAUCCAAACUUGCGGACAAAGUCAUCAAUGGUCAAUGGGAUGGAGGUGGAAGCAUCACAGGGAGAAACCUUGCAACUUUCGUCACACAAGUGCUGACCUGCGUCCGCGAUCAAUAUCAUGCAGACUCUGCCAAAAACAAUGCAUCUUCGAUGCGGAGACUGACUUUGGAUGAUUUGAGAUGGAUAUUCACUCAGAAAAUCGCGCCACUUGCCAAGAGACCUGGAGUAGAAGUGUUCUCGUGCAACAAAUGCCCAACAUCCAAGCGCUACUCGUUGCCAAGCGUCAUCCAGCAUUAUUGUCACAAACACAGUGGAAAGGAGGCGAACAUGUCUGUCCAUUGGAAAGAAGAGUGGACUGCGGAGCUUCCGUUCAAGCCAGCUCCGGGGGCAGAACGCCAAUCACUCAAUAACACAAACAAGGGGGGUUACCAGGCCAUUAAAUCAAGGGCCGCCAUUCUGGCCGAAGAUCUGGCACCCGCUUGGCGUGCUCUGACAUCGGUUCGAAACAUACCCACGCCGGUCAAAGUGAGUGCCGCGAUCAACUUUAUCGCCAGGCGGCAUCAAGAGAUAUAUAAGCAGCCAGCGCCAUGGGAGUUAUUGUACAUCGGGAAGUGUCCUCACAUCAUCGGCGUGGAAGCAUGCUUGGCUUGCAAGGUUUGCAAGGAAAAGUCACCCAUGGGAACGAACAAGACGUUUAAGCUAUCUGGCUUGGCGCAUCAUUUUCACCAAACUCAUGAGCACGUUGAUUGGCGUACGGGCAUGAUCUGGGUGCCAGACCUAUCGCAGGACAUUCGAGACGCCAUCCGAAAGAAUAAGCGAGCUUUCGAGCUGGUCUCGAAUGCAUUACCCUGGCUGUUUGAGGACAAGGAGGGAAUGGAUCAGGGUGAUGUCGUUCUCUUUCAGAGUCAGCAGCCUCUUCUCCAUGCAAAUCAAGGAACAAAAGAUGCUGUAACUGAGCCGGCAACACGUUUCUACCCUACCGAAGAGCCUGGUGAAUCGCUUCACCUUGUGCCGGCAAGUGCGGUGUACUCUCCACCAGACGCGGCCCACAGGGAGUUGGCAUACAGAACCAACAUCUCGUCAAACCCGCAUAUUGAAGAGACCGGGUUCAGAGUCCAUGAAGCACCAGCAAGAAUGUCCGCUCAAAUCUCUGCUAGAGAGAUUGAGGCGAGAGGUGGCGGGACAUGGGAAACAGCACACGUCAGAUCGAGGACUGUCGAUUCAAGACAUGCUGUCCCGGAGUCCAGAAGCCAUGUGGAAACUUACUACGUACACCGUGAGCACGAGCCUCACACAAGAGAGCCCCCGAUCAGCUAUCCAUAUUAUCCUCACAUGGAGCGGCAGAGACAACAGGCCCACGCGGCACUUGAAGUUCGUCACGCCAGCCGGCAACCCUGGACGACCAGUUACUACAAUCCGCCGAUGUCUUCCGCAGCUGCCUACCACUAUGCUGAACCCACUCGGUCCCAUGAUAGAUAUGGCGUUGUGGACGUGCGAAACUUACCACACGAACAGUACAUUGAACGUCCCGUUAUUUAUUACGGGCAGAGAGCGACCCCGAUGCCGACUAUAUCAACUAUACCUGCUGGGAGCCGUAUUGAUACAGCACCUGCAUCACGGGUGUAUAGUGAAUAUCCCUCGAGAUAUCAACUGGUUGAAAGAGUGUCUAGGGAGUUGGAACUUGAUAUAGAGUAG